AUGGAGGUUAGAGGAGGAGCCAUAUUUUUUAUUUGUGUAUCGUGGUUUUCAUUAGGUUUAGCUGAGUACGUUGAAGUGAGAGUCAAGGGAGUGACUUCCAUAGCCACCACAGAUGAUAACUUCAUCUGUGCAACUUUGGACUGGUGGCCUGCUGACAAAUGUGACUACGAUCAUCUUUUCUCGUUAUGUUUUCUAGUCGUACUCUUUCAUCUUCUAAAUAAACAAAUUGGUGAGGAUCUUAAACUUUGCUCGUAUUUGCAGGAUUUGAGUAACAAGAUCUUGCACAAUGCUGUCAAGGCUUUCAAUCCAAUGAGAAUCAGAGUUGGAGGCUCAUUGCAAGAUCAGGUCAGUUAUGGUGUAGGGUUUGGAGACAAAUCAUGCAACCGUUUCAAGAAAAAUGAUUCGGGAUUGUUCGGAUUCAGCGAAGCUUGCCUUCACCAUAAAAGAUGGGAUGAGCUCAAUCAGUUCUUUAACAAAACAAAAGCUAAGGUCACAUUUGGUUUGAAUGCCUUGCAUGGGAAGAAAGUGUCUUCUGAAGACAAAAGUCUUCGAAUCGGUGAUUGGAACGCUCAAAAUUCUCGUGAUCUGAUGGAGUACACAAUUGCAAAGGGAUACGAGAUUGAUUCAUAUGAGCUUGGGAAUGAGCUAUCCGGGAGUGGAGUAUCUGCAAGAAUAGAAAGUGAGCAAUAUGCAAAAGACAUGACAAAGCUCAAAGAAGUUGUGACAGAAUUGUACCCCGAUGCCUCAAAUCGACCUAAGGUUUUAGGCCCUGCUGGAUUUUACGACAAGAAAUGGUUCGAAAACUUCCUGCAGGCCACGGGGCCAGGCGUUGUUGAUGGUGUAACUCAUCACUUAUACAAUCUUGGUGCAGGUGUUCAUCCCGAGCUUAUCGACAAGGUUCAAGAUCCAUUUUUUCUGUCAGAGAUAGCUCAAACAUUGUACGACUUGUCGAAUACAAUCCAGCAGUUUGGGCCAUGGUCAGAAGCUUGGGUUGGGGAAGCAGGUGGAGCUUAUAACAGUGGUGGCAAAGAUGUCUCACAUACUUUUGCUGAUGGCUUUUGGUAUUUGGACCAGCUUGGCAUGACAUCAACCUACAACCACAAGGUUUACUGCCGACAAGCCUUGAUUGGAGGGAACUAUGCUCUGCUUAACACCACCACAUUCAUCCCUAAUCCCGAUUAUUACGGUGCACUCUUGUGGCAUAGACUAAUGGGAACUAGGGUUCUUUCCACCAUGAACUUUGGCUCUCCUUAUCUGAGAGCAUAUUGCCAUUGCACAAAGAAUCAGAAAGGGGUCACACUACUUCUGAUCAACAUGUCCAACGCCACCACCUUCGACGUCGCUGUUCUCCCCGACUAUAAUUUGUACCCGAGGCAAAUACUUACGACCAGAAAGUACGGUGCUAAUGAUGAACCAGAAAGAGAAGAGUAUCAUUUGACACCAGAAGGUGGCAACAUUCAAAGUGAUGUGGUAUUGCUCAAUGGAACUCCUUUGAAACUCACAAACUCAUCAGACAUUCCGGAAAUGAAACCAAAACUCGUUGAUCCCACUUCGACGAUCAGCGUCGCAGCGGAUUCAAUCGUCUUUGUAUCUAUAAAAAAUUUCCAUGCCCCGGCCUGCGCUUAAUCGAAUAUCUUUCUUACGUUUUUUUUUUGGUUCCACCUUUCUUUGUUCUUUAGAUUAAAGGUUUCAAGUAUUGGUAGGGUUAAUUUGCAGUGCCUUUUUUAUGUAAUUUUAAGUACUUUUUUCGAAACAGAAGAGUAGCAUAAACUUUUCAUGGAA